AAUGGAUUUGUUAAAUUGUUUUAGUUUAGUAAUUGUGUACCUAUAUGAGCGCUAGCCACCAGAAUAAUUGGGGGUGUCAAUAUAUAAAAGUUCAAAUCACUCAGAAACCGUGCGAUUUUUAUUAAACAUAAAAUUUAGUGUUUGGGAUGGCCUUAGGGCUCCUCAGUACAUAUGUGGUUGAAACAUUAUCCGCUGUUCAUAGGACAUCCUAUUAAUAGCAGAAGUCAUUAAAUGAAUUAAUUAUUUUAUUUUUUAGGUACUAAUUUUGUUGCUGUACGUAUCGUCAAUUCUGUCAGAUAACAUCCAAUGAUUAGUUACUGAUUUUCACUGAUUAUUAUUUUAUAGAUACAGGUCGUGGCUUUUAUGUACAAAUUUAUUAUUUGCAACUUUUUUGACUGCUAGACCAAGUUACUGUUGCCUCCAAUAGUAAAAAUAGUGCCAAAUCAGUUGAUGGGUAAAUAGUUACGUGACAUAUCGCAACAACGUAUACCAUUUUGAAGUACAGUGAACUUUAAUUAUUAAACAUCUAUUCAUUGACUUAUUCAAAUUCACUAUAAAAAGUUGACGAAAUGUAUCGAAUCUCAUAUCAAAUUUUGCGUUACAUACAAAGAGACGAAAAGGCAAAAAGGAUAUGGGGAAAACAAAAGCAAGCAUCAUCGUUUUGAUGGUUGCAGUGUUGGCAAGUACAGCAGCUUGUCCCUUAGCUACACAAAGUACAAGUUACACCCAGGUGAAUCAGCCUUACGUCAAUGGUAUAGCUUACGAAUCAGCAGCUUCAUUAUCUUCUUUACCAGCAGCUUUAAUAAAUGCUUUAAACGCAGCUGGUUUGUCAGCUGCGGCCCUGUCAGGUGCUGCCUUCCCAAAUAGUGUUGUAACCACAGAAACAACUUCUAUAGCUGCACCCGCUCCCGUCACUGUUAACGAGUAUGUGCCCUUUUUAGUACCAGAUGAUGUAAAAGUACCAUAUCCAGUGGGUAAACCAGUUAAUGUACCUCAACCAUACCCCAUCCAAGAAGUGCUUCCAGUUGGAAGUCCAGUUCCGUUCCCUUAUUCCGUACCUGUUCCUAGACCUGUUACCGUACCUCAAAUUAUUCAAGUUGCAGUUCCCGAAAUGAUCCCUGUAGUUCAAACCGUCCCUGUUCCUUAUCCUCAACCAUGCAUAAAUCAGGUACCAGUCCCUGAAGUUGUACCACAACCUGUGCCAGUACCAGUGUCACAACAAAAAGUCAUCGAUCAAGUUUUCCCUCAACCAUACCUUGAACCUCAACUAUUGCCUAUCCUACAACGUAUUGCAGAGGCAAUUCCCGUUCCCGUAGAACAACCGAUACCCCAACCUGUGUCAGUGUUGCAACCUAUACCAGAAUACGUUCCUCAAAUUGUACCUUUACCAAUUCCUCAAAAUGUCCCAGUACCUUGUGGACUACCCGUUCCACAACCCGUAUACGAACCAGUACCAGUACCCUGUGAACUUCCCGUCCCUGUUCCUCAACCUCGUCCUGCAUGUGUACCACCACCACCAUCUCCUUGCGCUCUAGCGGCGGCUCUUGGAAUACUUUCUUAAAUACGAUACCCAUUCGCAAGAAGAUAACAAAGAAGUAUGUUUAGAGUAAUAUAAUUAUAUUUUUGUAUUAUAUUCAGCUGAUAAUAAAGAAGAAUA